CGAGGUGUUUACUUUUUAUCCCAUUUUAAAUAUGCCUCCAUCCCGAAGAGCAAUUGUCAAAACCUCUCCCGGCGAGGCCCGCCUCGUCUCGGUGGCCAUCCCCCGCAUUCCAGCAGGAUACAUGCUCAUCCGCACGGCGGCCGUGGCCCUCAACCCAGCCGACUGGACGGACAUCGACCAUACCUCGUAUAUAGGAUGUAUUGUGGGACUCGACUACGCCGGCACGGUGGUGCAGAUCGGGGAGGGAGUCAGGAAACCGUUCGCGGUCGGGGAUCGGGUGGCCGGCCUGUCUCAUGGGUGUAACGUCUUGCAACCCUCUUACGGGGCUUUCGCAGAAUAUAUUCUCGUCAAGGCAGAUGUGCAGCUUCGUAUCCCGGAUGGGAUGGGCUGGGGGGAGGCCGCGUCGUUGGGUGUUGGUGUUUUCACGGCGGGGAUGGGCUUGUACCAUGUUAUGGGCUUGUCUUUGCCCGAGAGUGGCAGGGAGAGUGAGAGUACUGACAAGGAUUGGAUGCUCGUUUAUGGAGGAUCGUCUGCUACGGGAUCGAUGGUGAUUCAGCUUGCAAAACUGUCUGGCUUCAAAGUGGUGACGACCUGCUCGCCGAGGAACUUUGACCUUGUCAAACAACGAGGAGCGGAUGUCUGGCUCGACUACCACCACCCACACAUAUUCAGUCUCAUCGCCGAAGCAACGUCCAACUCCCUAAUGCACGCCUUCGAUACGAUUGCUACCGACGAGACAGCAGCCAUCUGCGCGGCGUCCUUUGCGCCAGCCGAUACAAAAGAGGGUGAAAAGGCGAUCUACGUGAGCACGCUGGACCCGACUCUACCCGCCUCGCUCCCUCGACCGGUCGAGAAGAAGUACUUCCUCGGCUACACGCUUGUCGGGGAGGACGUUUUAUUCGAAGACCAGCUCCUCCCUGCCAGCGAAGAGGAUUACCAGUUCGCUCUGCGGUUCGGCGUGCUGGUGGAGAAACUGCUUGGCGAGGGCCGACUGAAGAAUCACCCUGUCGCGACUGGGGUUGGGGGGUCUGGUCUUGAGGGGAUUCUAGGUGGACUGGAUGUUUUGCGUCGAGGAGAAGUGAGUGGGAAGAAAUUGGUUUAUCUUUUGGAAGAGCUUUAAAUGUAUUUCAUUUAUCAAAGGUCUAGCUUGACACCCAAAAGGGUUUCUGCAUUCUUAUAAGCAAAGCG